AACAUUAUUAAACUAAAUUGAAAGUUCACUAAGUUAUUUCAAUAAGAGCUAAUCUACUUGUCGAAUCGUCCAGUCGCUCCAUCGAAACUGUACGCGGCAGUUCUUCGACAAAUUUGUUCGGCUGCGUUGAUCUAUUUGUAAGCAGUAGUUUAUUAUGAAUCGAGAUGUUUUGCACGAUCUUUGCGUAUGUUUACAUAUGCAUCAUCCGUAGUUCGUGCGUUCCUUCGGGUUUGGCGAGAAGGAACACCUUGUCUCUCUCUAUCUCUCUCUCUCCUGAGCCAGUAUUUCUCGCAGCUAGAAGGGAAGCAGUCACCAGAAGGAUUUCGAUGCUGCUUGCACGGUACUAAGCAAUUUCUCGGAAAAUCAGAAAAAGUUAGUAGUAUACGAGUGGACAAAUUAGCUUCUACAAAAGUUCAAUUUAUUUGCUGCCUCGUAUUUUCGUCUCUGAGCUGAACAGCUGAGGCUGGUCUUGGGUAAUUACAGUUGACGUCACGAUUGCCUGACCCAAGUUGGUACGGUGGAAUCGGUGGGAUUUUAUGCUUGACGCCGCUUGAAAAUGUACUUCUGUGUACGUCUCGACCUGAUUCUUCUCACGUCCUACUGCCUUCAGUUGGCCUACUCCGAUUGGGAUUUUCAGAACGGUCGACCUGCAUUACAACUACCAGCAGCUCACAAUUUAGCCAGCAACUAUCCGCUGCCGUUUUCAAUUACUAACGGCGCGUACAUCCCGUCAACGCCCGUGUCGUCAUGGCGGUUCAACGUGAAAAGCGGAGUGCCUACAUGGAUCAUUACGACCACGGAAAUAGAAACUCGUACUGAAUCUGUAAAGCCAGUAGAUAAAGACGGUGAGGACCCCGAUUCCCCUCUUGGACCUAAUCUUAAAGAGGAGGGGGUGAUGGAAUCCUCUGGUAUCGACGGCGAAGAUGGAGAAGACUUUGAUGUGGAGUUCCCAGCUCGCCAUGAAAAAGAGCCUGCAGUGAGAGCCCGACCAGCGUUCGCCGAUCUAGACAAGUAUGAGGAGAUGAGGAUGCCUUCGAUAAGCGCGAAUAAUUCUUUACAAGUCAACCAGACGAAAACAGUGACGAUGAAUCGUACAACUGUGAUGAAGAUCGAGUUUCUUAAUACUUCUGUCCUACCCGUUGUCCUUCGCGUUGAUCCGUCACAGAGAACUAGCCAAGGUGGCAACGGUAGCAGCAGCAGCGGCAAUAAGACGUCUGAUAGCCAACAGCAAGCCCAGGAAGACAAAUAUUCGUCGAACUUUGAUAGUUCAUACAGCGCUAAAGAAAGCAGUCCACGUAAGACUGCCUAUAUGGGACCGAACCAGAGUCAUAGUCGACGUUUUCCUGUAGAAGACACCGGUUCACAGAUACAUCCGGCUGAUCAGAGCCCUCCCCAGUCCUGGUCUACAGACGAUCUGCGAUCGGUUUCUAAUUCACCUGUCACCUAUACAAUCACUCGGCCGCUUCCACCAGUGCCGCUUGCACACAAACAGCUGUACUAUCCUGAAUUUGUUAACUAUUGGAAGAAACGAUAGCGGAUGAGAACGCAGAGGUCACAGAACAUAACACAGAAAUAUUCAGUGGAAUAACGCCGUGAUUAAUGUCUUGUUGGAGGUUUGUUAUAGAUAAGCAAUUACUUGGUAUUACCAUGCACGGAAAGAGAUCAGUAAGUUAGCGAAUCUCGAGUAAUUGGUACCUGAUUUAUUAAUAGUUGAUCUCCUAGCUUGUGUAAAACCCAAUGCAUCGGACCGUGCAUGUGGCCAGUCUGCUCAUUUUGAUAUAAAAUAGUGUACCUAUUAUGAUAAUCCUGGAAAGAGCGCAGUAUCCGACCCAGAGAUGGUCUGUGGACCCUAGUUGCCGACAGAACUUAAUGAAGAAGCUCUUGAAAUUAGCAGAGUUGUAUGACAAAACAAAUAUGUACCAAAACUAUUCGACUAACUAUUUGUCAACCUUGAUUACUUACAUAUGGCAGCACGAAAUCCGAAUAAAAAUCGUAUGCAGACGAUUAGA